UUAACUCAAUUAUAUAUAAUUGACGUAAUAACUUAUAUUAUAGCGCUGUAGUCCCUAAUUUAUUCACUUUCCGGGCGUCAUGUGGAACUGUUUGAGAAACUUUGUCACUUCGUUUUGUACCGAAAGUUCGGUUCAUGGCGUCAAGUAUCUAAUUAAGGAUAAAAAUAAACUUUCGAGAUGCUACUGGUGUGUGAUUCUCAUCUUCUCCCUGUACUGCUGCGGACAGUUCUCCAUACUGCUCUCGGCCCGUUUCCUGGAGAUACCGAUCAGGAUGACCAUCAAAAACGGACAGGCUCUCACGGAGAAGCUUCCUUUGCCUUCUGUCACUUUUUGCUCUGAAAAACCCACUGAUCAGUGGUAUGAAAAGUUCCUGGAUGAAGUGAAAAUUCCUCCCGAGUACACCAGAGAAGUAGUAUUGGAAGCCAUGCGUCUGGGCGUCAGUAACCUGACGCCACUGUAUAUCGAGGAUCAACAGCUACUGAACGUCACGCUGAUGAACAUGCUGGAUCAUGUCCUGGAUUAUAAUCACAUUACGACUCGCGAGUUCGUCUCGCGCGUGUCUGUGCCCUGCGACGUGUUGUUGAGUCGUUGUGAGCUCAGGGGCGUGAUAGUGCCGUGUGCGGAUCUUUUCCAACGUGUCAAUGGACAGUGUUGCCGGUUCUAUGAUGAUCCAGAAACGUACGUUUCAUCAGGAAACGUCUUUAGCAACAAUCUCAAAGUUGUAACCACUAUGGACUACGGUGACGCUUACGUCAUGGUCCACAGACCACUGUCAGAGCCACUGAUAGACCAGUCGUCGUUCACGAUGGCUAAUGGAUACUAUAUCAUGUUCUAUAUAGAUCCGGUAAGGAUUGAGAAGUCCGAGGAAGUUCAUGAAAUGGAGGAGAAAACAGGGAUAUGCGUCCACCCCGACGAGCAAGACUUGCGUUUCUUUGACUCGUACGACUACUUCAACUGCGCAGUGGAAUGGAUCAUCAAUGCCAGCAUGGCUGUGUGCGGCUGCGCGGCCACUUAUACGGCUGUGCCUGAUCAGUAUACUUGCAAUUUUACAGGAAUGAAUUGUCUGAGGAAGUAUUCUAUCGACUCGUGCAACUACUUUAUUAACUGCGCAGUGGAUCUCAUCAUCAAUGCCAGCAUGGCUGUGUGCGUCUGCGCUGCCACUUAUACGCCUGCGCCUGAUCAGUAUACUUGCAACUUUACUGGAAUGGAUUGUUUGAGGAAGUAUUCUACUUUAAACAGGAUGACCUACGGCCUCCACAUCCACGACUAUUUAUCAGACCUGGCGGCGGCGGAAGGUAUAGAGAUGCAGACUUGUCCAGAAGUAUGUACGUACACGCUUUACACGAAGAAUUUCAAGCCCAGUGUACUGGUACCGGAAUAUGACUGUACGGGGUUUUUAAGUGGAGUGGAUUCUAAGAACGCGUACGUCGUGCAUUUCACAUAUGAAAGACAAUUCUAUAAAAUACAUGAAUUCGUCCUGAUCACCGAUUGGAUAACAUUACUAAGUAACCUAGGGGGCGUCUACGGUCUCUUCCUAGGCUGCAGCAUGCUCACUAUAGUCGAACUCGUGUUCUAUCUCUGGACCCGAGUCGUCAGCAAAAUGUGCGAGAACCAUGUCCAAACUUCUGAACACCGCAAAAUAUCAGUGGAGAAAACUGAUCAUACUCGCAAAAUGUCGGUAGAGAAAACUGAUCAAACCAGCAAAAUAUCGGUGGAGAAAAGUCAGCAAGAAUUGCCGGAGCUGUUAAAAUUCAAUAACUGA